AUGAUUGAUGUUGAUGGUGUUUGUCUAAGUAACUACAUAGUCUCUUUAAUACGGAAGAAUCAAAGAAUAAAUAUCAUUAAAUUUGCAAAGCAAUACAAUUUUAAUCAAUUAUGCGGUCAACGUGUGACCGCAGAAAGAGAUUAA